AUGUCUGCUGGCCCGAAAUUGGAACUCUUUCGCGUCUACAAUGAUCCACGAUCAUUGUCCGCAGUCGCCAAUACAAUUACUCUCUCCUUCGCCCACGAUCCCUUAAUCAGAUGGUUGCGUCCGCUCGUGGCCCCAUGGGCACGACACGAUUUCGAAACAUACAGAUGGCAGUAUCGCCGGGUUCAACGGGCCACUGUAGAGGGUCUUGUCUUGCAAUCCACCUCGGUCACACAAAUGGGCCAAAUGUUCCCGUCUAAGCAUCCGCAAUCGAAGCAUGCAGAAGCAGUGGCCACAGAGCCAGACCGAGACGGGAAGGUUGACGGCGACGCAGGAGCAGUUGUUAUGUUAUUUCCGCCUCCGAGCCAUCUGAAAUGGACGCCGGGUAGAAUCUUUCUUGCUUGCCAACUGCGGUUGCUAGAUAUUUUCAGUCCGGUUUCCGAGAAGGGAACCAGCGAACAGAGAAUGGAGAGAAUGAUGGCUGCUCAUAACGACGCCAUUGACCGAGUCAAAAAACAGUAUCAACUGAAGAACCUGUGGUACCUGGAGGUGAUCGCUGUUCAUCCCUCCCUUCAAGCCCGAGGCCUCGGGAAGAAGGUCAUGGGCUGCGUCUUAGACUAUGCCAAGCACGAGCCCAUAGUACUCGAAUGUACGAGCGAGAGUAACAUUUCAUUUUAUAUGAGUCUGGGGUUUGAAGUCGUCGAUGAGGUCGAGCUAGUCGACGAUGACGAAGCAGUACGAUUGUGGGUUAUGCUGCGGCAAACAGUGAACAAAGACCCGGCAGAGUGA